CCUAACCCGAAAUUACCCUGCCCAAUUGCCAGGUCUACCGUCAUUGUACAUUUCAUCCUGGGCCACAGAUUGAGAAAUGAGAAAGACUACCGCUUAAAUCAUCCAUUUGAACAGCCCACUCCAUCACCAGCGAUUGCUUAGGCUCAACGUUUGUAUUGGGCUUUAUCAACAGAUGCCUACGGCCCAAGAAGGGAUUCCAGUAAACAGUCCGAAGCCCAUGGAGCGUCCGCUUGCAGUGGCCUCUUUCUUCCACUCGCGUUUUUUUUUUUAACUUAGGUAGCUCUGUAAUAGGUAGGGAAUUACACAAAGUUGAAAAAUAAAUAACGGAAAUCAGCCAAGUGCUGAUUAGCCGAUGCAAGAGCCGUUUUUGUCACGCAAUGGGCAGCCAUGUUAGUCCUACGAGGAGAGAAAACAAAACGAAUAAACGUGAACGCGGACUUCAGCACUCGAACCUCCUCAAGGAUUGCUCCACCACGAUCAUGCUCAAUGAUAUUUUCCGAUACUCGCCGGAUCACCAAUUGCGAAUCACCACAAAAGCAAACAGAAACAAUACUUCGGGUUAAGCACCAAUCCAUUGCAUCGCGUAACGCUAGUAGCUCCAUUAAAAAGGGAUCAGAAAUACCUUCAUAAUACUUGCCACAGGCAUAAAUGGGUGAUCCCGCUUCUGAGAAUCCAACAAAGCCUAUGCUGCCCCCCUCUCCAUGUCGCGUUGCGCCAUCAAAGUGAAUCAACACACCUCCUGCCGGACAGGAUGGAGACGGCGGAGCAGGUCUGGGGCGGCCAUGAGAAUUCCCUCCACGUGAGCCGGAGUUAGUUGCUGCUGCCCAUUCAUCCUGCUGCUGCCGAAAUUGCCGAACUAGAGGGCCUGGGAGAUACUGCACAUGGUCAUAGCAAGACCAACACCGGGCCUUACAUAUUCGCCAAGUAAGGAACACUAAUUCCGCCAUUUCCACUUUGCUCAGCUGCAACGAGUUGAAGAUAUGGGCCCAUGCCAAAUCGGGUGACAAGGUAGCUAUUGACCGCCGAACCUGCUCAUGUCCAGCGAGAAACCAAAUCUCCCUAGCCACCCUGCAAUCAAAUAGACAAUGAGCAACAGUUUCUAUUCCUCCAGAACAAACAGGGCAAACUCCUGAAUCACUUAAGGAUUUAGACUGCAACACAUCCAAACAAGGCAGAAACCCCCGGACAACCCGCCACAAAAAGAAUUUUAACUUGGGAGGAACCAGUAAACUCCACAAAGUUUUCCAGAACCGGGUAUCGAGAUGAGGGGGGAGGUUGUUAAACAUCUCCGAUCGCUCUUCCGAAAGCAGGUGGUAACCUGUCUUUACUAUUUCCUUUUUUUUUUUUUUUGUAAUUUUAAUUUGGUGGUGAAAUGCUUUCGUCCGGUCAUCCCUUUCCUUUCCCCACUGAGUCUCCCACUUCCGCAAAGAGAAUUAAAUGCGGGUGGUCGCUCAGUUUCCCAAAACUCCUCCGCUAAUUAAAUGCAGCAGCUGGAGAAUCCACCCACCACCACCACCCAAAAAUCUCCAUUCUCCAUUUCCUUCUUCCUCCUCCGCCUAAUGGAUCCACCUCCAAUUUCCACUCCCCCACUUCCUUUCAAAUGUCCUCCUCCUCCGCCGCCGCAGCCGCCGCCGCCGCCAGCGCCGUCCCCACCACUCCCUCCCCACCAAUCAUUCACAAUUCCCCAACAACCCCUUCCAAUUACCUCGCGAAUCUCGGCCUCGGCUACUCAAUCGCCAUUGCCCUCGGCUUCCUAGUCCUCCUCUCCACCAUCCUCCUCGCCUCCUACAUCUGCUGCCGCGUCUCCCGGAAUCGCAACCCUAAUUCCGACCCGAAUCCGGCAGCCACCCGGACCCAUCAUCGUUCUUCCGAUGGGAUCAUUCUCCCCCGCAUUAUCUUCGUCGCGGAGGACGACGACGACGACGGCGAGGGGGGCCAUGGCCGGGACGGGGACAGCGCCGCUGUUGGGCUCGACCAGGCGGUAAUCAACUCGUACCCUAAGUUUCAGUUCUCCAAGGAUGCGGCUGCUGGCGGGAAUAACGGUGGCGACGCCACCUGCUCGAUCUGCCUCUGCGAGUACAAGGAUUUGGAGAUGCUGAGGAUGAUGCCCGAGUGCCGCCACUUCUUCCACUUGUGGUGCAUCGACGCCUGGCUGAAGCUCAACGGAUCUUGCCCCGUCUGCCGGAAUUCCCCUCUCCCGACCCCGCUCUCCACGCCGCUGUCGGAGGUCGUGCCCCUGUCGCAGUACGCCGCAGAUCGGAGGAGGCGGAGGUGAAUGAAUGGCGUUUGGUUUUUGAGAGCUCAUUUUGUAAAUCUUUUGGGCCAUUUGUCAUUUGUGGAUGUAGGAGUUUCCAAGAUAAUCGAUAGAGUAGAGAGAUCGUGAUUCGGGUAUUUUGGUAGGCAGAUUCGCAAGUGUAAACAAAGUCGAAAGGGAACACCUUCUCUUUUGGAUUUCGUUCAAUUGGAAGUUGGAACUGUAAGAAAGAUUUGAUUUUUCC